ACCAGGCAGAACAGUUGAUGUCGCAGUUCGAUCUGCAGCCACAGCCAUGAGCCAAGGGAAUAUAAAGGAUGAGUUCCAGGACCAGCUUAAGGACGUUUUGUCCAGGCUGCAGUCCAAAGACUGGUUUCAGUCAGACUGGGACAUCGCCUCCUUCGCAGUUUUCUUCAUAUUCAUUGGUAUGGUCCUAUUGCUUGUCCUUCUGGUUCUUAUUCGCUGCCUUUGCUGUUGCUGCUGUGAUGAGAAGCCUCGCAGACGCAAGGUUGGCAUUGACAACAUGGCACUAGAACCAUGAAGACCCAAGAGACCAAGAAACUGUUUCUAUGAGAAAUAGAGACAACACAUUUCAGAAUAACUAUACUGUACAUGUAAAACUUUCUUUAUAAUGAUGAUACCACAGAGCAAAUUUGAACAUGUUUAUGUUUUCUGUCCCA